AGUGGUACUGUUUUCUGUGAUAGAGUAGAGACUUUUGGAGAGUUCAAGUGCCCUUUUACCGAAGAGCUACGUGAUACAAGAUGACGUGGAAGCUUCUCAUAUUGGUCGCAUGCCUGACAGCGAGCGGUCUCGCAAGGCCGGACGUAUCGCAUCUCUUCAAGAAGACCGGCGCUGCCAGUGGUGGUGACAAGCAAAAACGGCAAAACAUCAUCGAAGCAUCGGUCGCAGUCAGUGGGGGGAAUGGAUCGGUAGCGGCGGCUGAGAUUAGAUCGAAUGAUGCAGCAAUAGUCGAAGGUCCGGCCGUGCGAAUCAUGCUGUUCCCGCUGGAGGACAAUCAACCGUCACCGUUCCGUCGGUUGGAGGAUCGCACGGGCUACAACUACGAUAAACCGGACGCUCCGCUCGAUGUGCAUCCCGACUCGAAUCUGGUAAGUCCCGUAUCGACCCAGGCCCCGGAGUAUCUACCGCCAGAGGGAGGCGACGAGACGGUGAACCUCGUUGAUAUACUGCUGCCGAGCAAACCAUCGACAACCACGACGACAACGACGACGACAACACCCGGAACAACAUCCCGUACGACCAGCACUACGACCCCGGUUCCGACAACAACCACCACCACGACAACAACUACUACUACUACGACUAGUGCACCUUACACCACCAAUGGGAUCGCGAGUACACCACAAGAAUUCGACGGUGAGGAGGGUUACGGUUACAAGAAGCCCGAGAUCAUGCUGCCAACGAACAUCAACGAGGUGAUUGGGGAGGCGAGCGAUAUCAAUCAGCUGGCGACCACGACGGAACCAACCACCACGACCACAACGCCCCGAGCAUCGCUCGAGUAUCUGCCCCCCAAACCCAAACCGGACCUCGAUGCACCGAAAGGUCCUAGUACCGUCGAACCGUUCCCGGAGACGACCACGACCACGGGUCAACCUCAAACGCAAUCCCCGACCACGGUGACGACUUCGACGUAUGUCUUCCCGACCGAAACGCAGUACACGAAAGUGCCGGAAGUGCCAUCGGUCUACCCGGAUGCCUCCGGUUCCGUGUCGACCGUGGUACGACCACAGCCAACCACGGAAGUCCCAUCGACAUCGGCACCGGAGUAUCUACCACCGGACGACGAGGCUGGCGCUGGCUUCCAGAUAAUCGUGCGCACCGGAACGGAUGAUGCGGAGGAAGCAAGUGAUGCAGGUACCACCACCACCGUCGUCGCUACGACCGUUGCUCAAUUCGCUGAGCCCAGCACCACCACCACCACCGUCGCCGGGCCUGCCUUCUCGCCAGAAAUUGAUAGUCUUGUGAGAGAGACUUCCACGGUACAACAGCAGGAACUGGAGCCAACGAUCACGACCACCACCACAACGACAACGACGACAGCGGAGGAACCAGCACCCACAACGGUGGCAGCUGCGACUCCCGCUCCCAACUACAGCACAACCGUGAUAAUACAGGAGACACCACAGGAAGACACUUCGUCGAUGGUUUCGCUGAUCAACCAGCUUCAGGAGAUGCUCCAGAUUGCGGCCCAAGCGGAAGGUUUCGCACCGGGGGUGCGCUUCAAUGAAGAGGAAGAGACAGCGACAAGUACAACCGGAGCGCCUUCCACGAGCUACACGACCACUUCGACUGUGACAACGGUACAGCCUACCCCGGCCAUUACGGAACCAUCAUCAACGGAAGCACCGACGUCGGAAUCGGAACCCACCGAAAACCCAUCGGCACCACCCCUAGAAGCAAGAAUAUCACCAGACGAACCGUCGGGACCGUCACUGAUCGAUCUGAUUUCCCCCGCAAUCACUACGAUGCUCGGUGUGACGACGGCAAACGAUACGAUCACGACCUAUCGGCCACAGGCCAGCAGCCAAAUGACGACGAUCGCACCGCAGGAAUCGAAUGCCGAUGAGACGGAGGUGCAACCAAGGAUAGCGGAUCCGAACGAUGAAGGGUACAACUACCAGAUGCCGGACAAUAGCUUCGCCGUACCGACGGUUGCACCAUCGCACACGCUCGAAGCCGAUGGCUAUCACUACAAAGUUCCUUCAGUGCCGUUCCCGUAGACACGUGUGUGUGUGUGCGCGUGUGGCGUGCGACGACGACGACGACGACGACCGGAGGCGGC